UCAUUUGGAUUUCAACAGUCAGUGCAGUGCGUUCGGCAUCGUUUCAUUGAAUCCCACUGCGUUUUUGUAGGUCUAUAAAUUUUGCCGGGCAGAUGGACUUCCGUAAUAAGCCUUUAAAUAAACUACAGAGAAACGGAUGAAAGCUAUUACCACCACGAUAGCGAUUUAUCGAAAUUCAAGAGUUACUCGAAGCAAAACACCGACUGCCGCUGUGCCGACUUGUGAAGUCAAAGAAAGGGAAACCUGAAAGCCUGCAUAAAUAGAAGCAGCAGAAACUGACACAAAAAUUGCCAAACGCCACAAAAAGAGGAACAAAACAAUCUGUGCGCAUAAAUUGUUCAAGAAAUUGAAAUAAAAAAUAUCCAGCGACGAAAAUGAGCAGCCAGAAAAAUCAAGGGACCACUGUGGAAAACAUCGACGAGAUCGACAGCUUCGUCGCGGACAUGGCCAGCCUCUGCAUGAACGAGCCCUACUCGGACGUGGAGUUCCUGGUGGAGGAUCAGCGGCUGCCGGGCCACCGUCUCGUUCUGGCGACGCGCUCUGAGUACUUCCGCGCUUUGCUCUACGGCGGUUUGGCCGAGUCGAACCAACGGGAAGUUCGGCUGGAGGUGCCGCUUGAAGCCUUCAAGUUAAUCCUGGGAUAUCUCUACUCGGGGAAGAUGCCUCUGUCCACACUGGACGUUGACACCAUUAUCGAUGUGCUCGAUUUGGCCCAUCUUUACGGGUUGCAGGUCGUCGAGUCGGGAAUAGGAAAAUACCUGCAGCAGAAUCUUUCUGUCAGUAAUGUGUGCACGAUCCUGGAUGUCGCACGCCGCAAAAAUCUCAACCAACGGGCUGAAGAAUGCCUCAAUUUCAUCGACAACAAUGGCUCCGACAUAGUAAAACAUGAUUCCUUCGCACAACUGCCCAAGGAAUCACUUGAGGAACUCCUGCGACGGGACACGUUUGCGGCCCUCGAAAUUGAUAUCUUUCGAGCUGUAUGCAAAUGGAGGGACAACCAUCCGAGCGAGGACUUCAAGACGGUGGCUGCGCUCGUACGUCUCCCGCUUUUGACUGUCCAACAGCUGGUGCAAGAGGUACGCCCCUCUGGCAUAUACGAGUUGGAACAGAUACUCGACGCCAUUGGUCAAGCGGAUACCGGAAAGAAUCUGCCCUACCGUGUCGGGUUGUUGCCGGGGGAGGAUGUGGCAUCAGGGAAUCAUCUUGCGCGCCGUUUCCAGGAUGAGCAAGAUCGUACAGUCUUCGAGCUGAGAAACCUUUUCGGAAUCAACUAUAUUGAUGCACAGCAUUCAAAUUUAUAGACAAUCAACCAGUUAAUGGAAACCAAGUGAGGGGAGUACAAGAAGAGCUGCAAAUACAGUGAACUAUUAGAGCAAUAACACAGUGAAAUAAUGCUAUAAGAACAACGAUUGCCUGUUUGAUUAGCCUUGUCCCUGCAUAUUCACUGUGGUGCAGCCUGUCAGCACACAACUUCCAAGAUUCCUAUUUUCUAUUUCUUACACGCGUACAAUUUCACCCAAUCAAAA